CACAGAAGCGACACUUUGUAUCCAGGCGAACGGCCACGUGACACACGACUCGCUCUUUUACCUCCGCGCUCCGCCAGUCACUUCGCCAGCGCUCCCCCCGCGAAGUCCUCCUUCUCCUCUAACCAAGUAGGACAGAAAGGUCAUACCACCUGAGCACUGAGGGGGGGUGCACAGCAGAUCUCAAAACACAAGGGGCCCUUGGAAGGGGUACAGCAGGGGUAGUCCUACAACCCAGUUUUGACAGCAUGUCCACGGACUGGGCCGGCUACGGCUACGCAGCCCUCGUCGCCUCGGGAGGGGUGCUGGGAUACGUCAAAGCAGGCAGUGUCCCCUCCUUGGCCGCAGGACUUCUGUUUGGGGGCCUCGCCGGGUUCGGCGCUUACCAGGUGUCACAGGAUCCCAACAACAUCUGGGUUUCGCUAGCGACCUCAGGAACCCUGGCUGGCAUCAUGGGGAUGAGAUUUUUUAAAUCCAGAAAAUUAAUGCCUGCUGGAAUUAUAGCUGGAACAAGUCUUUUGAUGGUCGGAAAGCUUGGUGUGGGGAUGUUGCAGAAGCCCCAUAAGCCAUAAUGUAUGUCUUCAAAAUCCUUUCUUAAACAAUAUAAACUUUAGUUUUUUCCUUUUCGUUUAUGAUCUGAAAUUACCUCUGUAUUUUGUAAACAUUAAGAAGAAAUAAAGAUGAAAUAUUGUAUCUGGA